UCUCGCUCUCUAUUCAAGAUCCGAACAUCUCUCGGUCCAAGCUUCCUCUCCAUCACUCACUUCUUCCUCUGCAGUUUGAGCUGAAACCAGGGUAACCCAAAACAUGUCACUGUCACCAGAUUAUGAAAACAAACUGAUUGAUUCGAACCAAAUGAGCUCUACUCACCAUCGCCUGCAAAUCGGCCUCACCAGCCUCAGAAGCUGUGUUUCUUGGUUGUUCAUCACCAUUUUAGUCCUCUAUGUCCUCUACUCUUCCAAAUUUGUACUCAACACUGAUGGCCCCAACUGUUCCUUACCCUCAUCAUUGGACAUCUCCACCAAAGAAAAUCUAGAAACCAUCCCUCUUCUCAAGAACAUUUCAAUCACACCCACUGAUCAACAAAAAACUUCAAUACCCAUUAUUCCUCCGAAGUCCCUACGAUUUGAUACUGAUCUUAAACACAUUGUUUUUGGCAUCGCUGCGUCAUCGAAUCUGUGGGAGAAAAGAAAAGAGUACAUAAAGCUAUGGUGGAGGCCCGGGAAGACCAGAGGAGUAGUGUGGUUGGAUAAGAGAGUGAGUACCAGAAGAAAUGAAGGGUUGCCGGAGAUUAGAAUCUCCGGCGACACCUCCAAGUUCAAGUACACGAAUCGGCAGGGAAAGAGAUCGGCGUUGAGGAUUUCGAGGGUGGUCUCAGAGACUUUGAGGCUUGGAUUGAAGGAUGUGAGGUGGUUUGUGAUGGGUGAUGAUGAUACAGUUUUCAUAGUGGAAAAUGUGGUGAGAGUGCUUUCUAAGUAUGAUCAUAACCAGUUCUAUUACAUUGGGAGUUCUUCAGAGAGUCAUAUUCAGAAUAUACUUUUUUCAUAUUCGAUGGCUUAUGGUGGUGGUGGGUUUGCGAUUAGCUAUCCAUUGGCGAAGGAGUUGGAGAAGAUGCAGGAUCGGUGCAUUCAAAGGUAUCCUGGAUUGUAUGGAAGUGAUGAUAGAAUGCAAGCUUGCAUGGCGGAGCUGGGGGUUCCACUUACCAAAGAACCUGGUUUUCAUCAGUAUGAUGUGUAUGGGAACCUCUUAGGCCUUCUGGGAGCCCAUCCUGUAUUUCCACUGGUGUCACUCCAUCAUCUUGAUGUGGUGGAUCCGAUAUUCCAAGGCAUGACCAGAGUUCAAGGCCUCCGACGCCUAUUUGAAUCCAUCAAGCUCGACUCAGCUAGUAUAAUUCAGCAAUCCAUCUGUUACGACAAGAAGAGGGACUGGUCCAUUUCUGUUUCUUGGGGCUAUGUUGUCCAAAUCAUAAGGGGAGUGAUCUCUCCCAGAGAGCUAGAGAUGCCCACAAGAACCUUUCUUAAUUGGUACAAAAGAGCAGAUUACACAGCAUAUGCAUUCAACACUAGACCUGUGAGCAGACAACCAUGUCAGAAGCCCUUCAUUUUCUACAUGACCUCAUCUAAGUAUGAUCAAGGUAGGAAGCAGUAUGAUGUGUAUGGGAACCUCUUAGGCCUUCUGGGAGCCCAUCCUGUAUUUCCACUGGUGUCACUCCAUCAUCUUGAUGUGGUGGAUCCGAUAUUCCAAGGCAUGACCAGAGUUCAAGGCCUCCGACGCCUAUUUGAAUCCAUCAAGCUCGACUCAGCUAGUAUAAUUCAGCAAUCCAUCUGUUACGACAAGAAGAGGGACUGGUCCAUUUCUGUUUCUUGGGGCUAUGUUGUCCAAAUCAUAAGGGGAGUGAUCUCUCCCAGAGAGCUAGAGAUGCCCACAAGAACCUUUCUUAAUUGGUACAAAAGAGCAGAUUACACAGCAUAUGCAUUCAACACUAGACCUGUGAGCAGACAACCAUGUCAGAAGCCCUUCAUUUUCUACAUGACCUCAUCUAAGUAUGAUCAAGGUAGGAAGCAGGUAUUCGGGGUUUACUCUCUCCAUAGAGACCGAUACCCUUAUUGUCGGUGGAAAUCAGACUCACCUGAAAAGAUCAAUUCCAUUGUUGUCUUGAAAAGGCCAGAUGGUCUCCGUUGGCAGAAGUCACCAAGGAGGGAUUGUUGUAGAGUUUUGCCGUCACGCCAGAACUCAACUCUGUAUAUAUGGGUUGGAAAUUGCCGGGAAGGUGAAAUUAGUGAAUUGUAGAAGAACAGCUGAAGAUUUUUUCUUUUUGUUUUUUUUCAUUCAUAGAACUGUUUUCUUCCCCAUGUUUUUUUUUAAUUUGUGACUGUUAUAGUGUGACACAAGAAGAUGUAACAUUGAACCUUUUUAUCACAACUUGUUUUUGUAAUCAAC